AAGGGCAGUUAAGAGAAUGGGUGACAGUUGUAUGACGGAGACACAUGAAGGACUACUGACACCAUGGUUCACCUCAACCAUAGAACACCACCUGGCUCCCCAAGCCACCUCGACGAGGGCCAGUUUAGAGCCGGGGAGGUGAACAACGUCUUCCAGGCCGAGGAGGUGGAGGGGCAGGAACCCCUCCAGACAAUAGCUAUGCAAGUCUUGACUCAGGAGCGGGACACUACCACAAGAGCAACCACAACUACCACCAACCUCACCGUGGCCAGGUCCACCGCAGGAGCUGGUGCCGCCCACGACCACCACCACGACCACGAGGACGACGACGAGGAGGAGGAGGACGACGAUGACGACUACGGGCUGCUCACACUCCUCCCCAACUACGCCCACAUCAAGGCCAAGGCUGACAUGGUCUUACAGGGGCAUGACACUAAGAUGUGGUGGAGAACAGCCGUGUCCGUGGCCCUGGGAGCCGGCUUCCUGGCAUACUUCUACGCCGUCCUUGCUAUCAAGUCCGAUGUGGAGAGAGAUGGUAACUACUGGUGUGAGGCAGACGGGCUGCUCAUCAUCAUCACCUACUGUGUGGCCAUUGGCAUGACCUACUUCCUGGUUCUUAAACCCUACUACGGUCGUCCAGUCUAUAAGAAGGUGCUCAAGCCUAUCCAUAAAGCCUAUGACAAAGCCUGGGCCCACCGGUGGGUGCGGAUUGUGGUGUACCUGGCGCUGGCGGCGGGAGUGAUAACCUUCCUGGUGUUGGACACUUUAGACGACUCCCAGCGACUCCAGUCGGCCCUCGGCCUCAUAGUGCUGCUGCUCUUCGGCUUCGUCUUCUCCAAAGCUCCAGGCAAGGUGAGGUGGCGUCACGUGGUGUGGGGUAUGGCACUACAGUUCUUGCUGGGGUUGUUGAUCCUGAGGUGGCCGCUGGGUCAGGCCAUCUUCCAGUGCGUCGCCGACAAGGUCUCCGCCUUCCUGGCCACCACCAAUGCUGGCUCUGAGUUUGUCUUCGGCGACCUGGCCGCGCCCGCGCCCGCCGGCAUGAAUAUCUUUGCAUUCUCGGUGCUGCCAGUGACGGUGUACUUCAGCUUCUUCGUGCAGAUCCUGUACUACCUGGGAGUGAUGCAGUGGGUGGUGCUGAAGCUGGGCUGGCUCCUGCAGGUCACCGUCGGCACCACCGCCUGUGAGAGCGUCAACGCUGCAGGAAACAUCUUCCUUGGUCAGACUGAAGCUCCGCUCAUGAUCAAGCCGUUUAUGCCGCUAAUGACCAAGUCGGAGCUCCACGCCGUCAUGACAGGAGGCUUCGCCACCAUCGCCGGCUCUGUCCUCGCUGCUUACAUCUCCUUCGGCGUCGACCCCCUCCACCUCAUCUCCGCCUCCGUCAUGAGCGCCCCGGCAGCCCUCGCCUUCGCCAAACUCUUCUACCCGGAGACCAAACAGUCCAGAACUGGUGCUGGAGAUAUUCAUCUAGCGGGAGGAGGAGAAGCCAAUGUUCUACACGCCGCCAUGGUGGGUGUGACCAACGCCAUCCCCAUCGUGGCCAACAUCGCAGCCAACCUCAUCGCCUUUAUUGCGGCCAUCGAGCUCACCAACCAACUCCUCAACUGGGUCUGUACUCUGGCUGGCGCUGCAGACGGAACUUGCUCUAUGGAGAUAAUUUUCGGGUGGGUGUUCAUGCCGCUGGCGUGGGUGAUGGGGGUGGCGUGGGCCGAGUGUGACGAGGUCGGCCAACUCAUCGGCCUCAAAACUUUCAUCAACGAAUUCGUGGCCUACGCCAAGCUCUCCGAGAUGAUGGAUCAAGGAAUUUUAUCUGACCGCUCCAUCGUGAUCGCCACCUACGCUCUCUGUGGCUUCAGUAACCUCAGCUCUAUUGGCAUCUGCCUUGGAGGGUUCGGUGCCAUGGCGCCCACCCGCAAGAAAGACCUGGCCAGGGUGGCAAUGAGGGCCAUGAUUGCAGGCAGCUGUGCAUGCUUCCUCACAGCUUGCAUGGCUGGUAUGUUGCUGAAUGACUCCGCGUCCGACAGACGUCUCUGACACACAAGAUAACCCUCGAGCCUCUCCUCCACAAGUCAUCAACUCUCCAACAAUCACAAUUACGAUUCAGUUUGUAAAUACAUAUUAUAAUUUACAUAGUAAAUUACUAGUGUGCCUGAGGGCCCAUGUUCCCAGAAGAGGUUGUCCAAGGCGGGUUGUUGCUGUGAUAAGGUUUUUGGGUCGUAGUCCAUGUGUUGAACCCGGCCGGUUAUUGGACUGUGUUGAGUAUCCUCGGAACUGGUCACUGAUAGCCAGCUGGUGUUAUGGUGUUGGCAGGUCGGUGGUGGUGUUGGUAGGUCAGUGGUGGUGUUAGUAGGUCGGUGGUGGUGUUGGCAGGUCGGUGGUGGUGUUGGCGGGUCGGUGGUGGUGUUGGUAGGUCAG